GACAGGUUAAAGUUGCCUCCCCAUUGACUGUAGACUUCCUUUCAAAGACUCUAGAACUGUCACAGCAGAAUCAGAUGGCCAGUAAAAACAUCCAACAAUUAACUUGGUUUCACUUACACCUGUUCACCUGUUAUAUGCGACCAGAUGACUUCACUGUCGCAUGCAACAUUGAUCUCAAUAGAGGCAAUAUUUUUGUCAACUGCAAUGAACAAUCCCCUUCCUAUGCCCUCUAAUCUGUCUCUCUGAUGUACAUUCCAUGACUCGCUAAAUAUUUCAGAGCUUUCCACUUCACGUUUCAGCCAGCUCUUGUUCCCAAGAAUAAUUUGAAUGCGAGAACUUUCCUGGAGGGAAGGAGGACAUCUAUGUUCAACGAAGGAGGGAAUAGAUGUAAAGUUCUGAAUAAAUUGCAAAAGAUAAUGAGACUGUGCCCUGCCUACAACAACACUUUUGUCUUCAGGUGCAAAAGGUUGGAGUGUUGAUGAUGUGGAUGGACAAAGAGCAAAUAGACAUCAGACAUUAUUUAUCUGCAGGAUGUGUGGGAGAAAUUAUGUUCACAAGAAGAACUUACUUAGGCACAUCCGUGUAGAGUGUGGUAAAGAAGCUACAUUUUCAUGUAUGUUAGCAUACAGCAACAUGACAUCAGCUUGGCGACUAUUGGCAAGAAGUGGUGAAGAUUUUCAGUGUCUCCGAUGUGGAAAAACAUAUAUGCACAAAGGCACUCUUAGUCGUCAUGUUCAAUAUGAAUGUGGCACAGUUCCACGAUUCACAUGCAGAAUAUGUGGAGCAAGAAACAGACGUCGUUAUGGGCUUACAAAUCAUCUCAUCAUGGUACAUGGUGUGCAGAAGAAACAAGCUGAAUUGAAUAUAACAGAAAAAUAUAUAGAAAAGACUGAAAAAUUUCAGUAGCAAUGUAAUUCUGUAGAUAUUCCUUCCUUCUCACUAUGGCAAGAGUAAUAGUUUUUAUAUAGCCAGCUACUGAAAAUUUUACAGUUCCAGAAAUAUUGAAAUAAUUUGAUUGUAUGGUUUUCAGUAUUUCGGUGAAGGCUUUUGUUUUAAUACUAAUGUCUUACAUUUAAUUGUUCUUAAUAAGAUACAUGACAUAAAUGUGUUAUACCUUUACAAUAUAUGAGGAGACACACUUAUAGACUUCCGUGGUAGCUUUGGUGGUUAAUUAGGGAAACAAAUUACAACAAAGAUGUCUUUGGUUUCUUUCCCAGCUGUUCACUUUUGAGACCUAGAAAUAGGAAAAAGUGUAGUUUGUCAUCAGCUAAUAAAUAAUUAAAAAUAUUCACAAGAUGAGAGUGCAUACUCACAACUAUGUAUAGAAAAUAUGUACUUAAAGGGAAGAUGUGGAAACAGAAGUAACAGUGGUAUCAAAAAGAACAGAAACUUGCAUGUUCCUUUUUUCAUCUCUCAGGAAGUGAUGACAAAGGAAAUGAAAAGUGAAACAAUACAAACAAGUUCACAGUCACAACCUAGAAAUUAAGAAUAGUAUUUUUAUUAUAUUAGAAAGGAAGUCAUGUAAUGAUACAUUGAAUUUUCUUGAGUAACUGAACUCUAGAUUCUGAGUUGAGCUUUCCCUUCUGGUACAUUUUUGGUGUAUUUACCUUUUCAUCCUUUCCCUCUCCCCUCAUUUCCUGUUCAUGGACAAUACCAAAUCCAUGAAACUUGCACUGGUUUUGGUGCCAAUGUCAGGUGCACUUUGAUGUGUUUACAGUAAGUACAACUUUUUCAAUAUUAAUCAGUUUGUUUCUUAUGUUUAAUUACUAGUUUUAAGCUGCAUGUGUUAAUCAGUUCAACAAUAAGCUAAUUUUAUCAAAUAAUUACAAUUUUAUAUAACAAAGAGACUGAAAGGAGACACUGUUGUCCAAGGGUUCAGUGAGAAUUUAUUGCUUAGCCAUAGCAAUUUCUGAUCCACUGUGCUAUUUUGCCCUCCAUUUAUAUUACAACAUCAUUUUCUCUGAUUCCAUAAUCUUAACAUUUAUAUCAAAUGUAGUUACUGUAAUUAUUAAUGUCUGACAAUCUUUCAAAACUUAAUAAAUUCUCAUUUUUCUUCCAUGCUAUAACAUUUCUAUUAUUUGCUUUUUGAUGUAACACACUAGUUUUUGAAAACAAUCCUAGAUCUAUUCCUUUACACAGAUUGUUGGCAUAAAACAGAUUGUUGUUAUCCAUCAUUUUGUGAAGAGUGGUUCAGUGGUGCUUUCCUUCUUUGUUGUAUACAACAGUAUAAUUAAGAACUGAUAAUUGUGGUGUAUGUAGGUUAAUGCCUAAGAAUGACUGCCAAUUUCUCUGUCUUAAAUAGAUAGCCUGUUUCAUAUGCAUGAUCUAAAUAUUAACAGAUUCAGUUACAGGUGAAAAUGUGCCUAGCAAAAGUUACCACGAGUAUUAUUACCUGCUAGUCAUAUGAACCCUAACUUAACAUUUUUUGUAAGUGUGUUUUAUGCAUGUAACACACACUUAUCUUAUAUUGUGAUAUAUGCACAUGUAAUGGAAUUUUCAAAAUGAAAUAACGGUCUAAUAAAACUGGAAACAACUUUUAUGCAACAAAUGAUAUUUGGAUGCUAAUGAAUUUCACAUGUGGAGUUUUCUAAAAUAUACAUUAAUCCUAUAAGACUUGUUGUUACAUUACUUUUACUUGAG